AUGUCGAGGAGACAUGAAAAAUUGACUACUCGUGGGAUAUUGAGUCGUGUGCAGAGGAAAAGAAAACGGGUAGAAGGAGCGGCAGUUGAUGCGAUGUCUAUGCAGACGUUCGAAAUUCAAGCUGAGAAAUCACUUGUAAAACCGAAGGAUUCUGAAGUUGAAAAGCUAACAGCAGUUUUUGAUCCAAAAUUGUUCAGAGAAAUGGAACACUUAGAAGUGCAAAAUUUGGAAAAAACUGGAACAAUCGAUAUCAAUUUGAUCUUUUCUCACUUAACAUCACAAUCAUCGUCGCUUCGACACGUGGUCCACACUUGCGCGAAUCACUGGAUUAAAUCGGUGGUUCCCGCCAAUCUCGUGAAAAACUUCUCCACAAGUACAGCACCGAAACCGCCACAAACAACUUUUCCGUCGGACUUAAUCAAUGGGCCAGUCGAUGUUCUAGUGCGUGGAUUGAAGAUUGAGGGAUUGGAUGCAGAUGAAAUGUCACAUACAAUCGGGUUGCUCUUCAACCACCACCUCACUAGCGUGUUCAACCACGCCCGCUCUGCCGACGCAAAAAGAAAUCAACGAAUUGCAAUGGACGAUGGACCGCCGCCAAACAAGAUAGGAAAGGUUUAA